GCGCUGCACGCUGGGAGCCGGCCCGUGAGGCGGCGCGGGAAGCCGCGAGGCGCACUGAAGAGAAGUGGCGGAGGCGCUGCCCGGCUGCCGCCAUGCCGACGCUCGGGGCCAUCGCGAAGUCCAUGAAGGGCCGCUUCCCCAUCCGCCGGACGGUGAAGUACCUGAGCCGGGGCGACGUGGUGUUCAAGGACUCCGUCAAGGUCAUGACGGUCAACUACAAUACGUGCGGGCCGCUCGGCGAGGGCGCCAGGAAGUUCGUGUUCUUCAACGUUCCCCAGAUCCAGUACAAGAAUCCUUGGGUGCAGAUUAUGCUGUUCAAGAACAUGACGCCCUCACCUUUCCUGCGCUUCUACCUGGACUCCGGGGAGCAGGUCCUGGUGGACGUGGAGAGCAAGUCCAACACAGAGAUCAUGGCACACGUCCGGAAAAUCUUGGGGAAGAACAAGGACACACUCCGACGGGAGGAGCAGGAGAAGCAGCAACUCUCGCACCCAGCCCACUUUGGGCCCCGGAAGUACUGCCUGCGGGAGUGUAUCUGCGAGGUGGAGGGCCAGGUGCCCUGCCCCGGCCUAGUGCCACUGCCCAAGGAGAUGACGGGGAAGUACCAAGCCUCACUGAGAGCCGACACCCAGGACUGAGUCCUCUCACGGUGGCUGCUGUCCAGUUGCCCAGUGGAGCCUGCCCCUCUGCCAAUAAAGUAGUUACUUGAUGGUGA